AUGUGGUCAUCCUGCUGCAAAUCGCGGAAAGCUACCAGUGGUGAAACACAACCACUUCUCCCCCAACAUCAUGAUUACGAUGAAGAUACAGCCCUGCAGCAUCAGCUGCAUGAGAAACUGCGCACUUACCUGAUGCUCAAGGCCAUUUGUAGUGGCUACAUGCCGUCCACAUACCAAAUCGUCUCCAACCUACGCGCCAUCCUUGUAUCAAGUCUUCUCAACCCGGAACCUCUUGCUGUUGGGAACACCAGUCGAGAAUUGAUUAUGGAUCUGAAGCUUUGCAUUCGUCUGGUCAUAGAUCUUCUACAAGAGAAGAACGGCGAAGAUCAGCUACAAGCUGCCAUAUGGCAGCUGUCCAAGUUGAAUGUGGAGAUUGAUACCGCAAGUCUUGCUUCCAGAGGCACACUUGCAAAGGCUCAGGCGGAUACUGCUGCCGUCGACGAUUUGGUUACAAUUGGGCGGAUGGUGUUUGCCGAUACCGCGUCCGCACUGUCUUCCGCAGCUGCCGGAGUUUCGGAAGAAGUGGAGCCUUCAGAUGAAGAGAGAGCUAACCUGGAACCAAGCGGCUUAGGAGGCAAUGGAGGCCAAUCAACGGAGAAUUUAGGCCACGACCUGCAGCAUGUUUCCAGAAGCACACUGGAUGUAGUGGCUCAAACGGGUAAAGCUGCAGCUCAAAGCACGGAGGAUAACGUAUUUAGGCACUACAAAAACCCAUUACUCGAUAGACUAAAGAGAACUGUUCAGAACCUACGCCAGCGAGACGACUAUGCCACCUCUGUAUCGACCAUCACUCAAUUGAUUAAGCAGUAUGGGAUUAUUUACUCUCGUGCUGUAGGGGAAACGGUCAAUGCUGCUGAGGAAGAGGCUGAAGCAAGCUCAGAGCUUAAGCAGGCAGUUCUAACCCUAUGGAACUUAAUCGGAUCCUUUGGUGACCGCCGAGAAUGGCAGAUUGUUGAACAGAAAUUACGUGUGGUGGUCAAGCACUCUGAGAAAGACACAGAAUUUGAAUCACUGCUGAAAGACAUCGGCAAUUCUCUCCAGGAUCUUUUGACGGACCCUGGCUUUUUCGACUCAGCGGAUGAAAUGGUUGAACUCUUGAAACAGAAAAGCCGUGGUAUUGGCUCGGAUUCUACUCUUCGUCAGGAUGUGGAUUCCCUGGAGAUAAAGCUGUAG